AUGGUCAGCCUUCCAGGACCACAAGAGGCCGCAGCCUUCCAGGACCACAAGAGGCCGCAGCCUUCCAGGACCACAAGAGGCCGCAGCCUUCCAGGACCACAAGAGGCCGCAGCCUUCCAGGACCACAAGAGGCCGCAGCUCUCCAGGACCACAAGAGGCCACAGCCCUCCAGGACCACAAGAGGCCACAGCCUUCCAGGACCACAAGAGGCCGCAGCCCUCCAGGACCACAAGAGGCCGCAGCCCUCCAGGACCACAAGAGGCCGCAGCCCUCCAGGACCAUAAGAGGCCGCAGCCUUCAGCCUUCCAGGACCACAAGAGGCCGCAGCCUUCCAGGACCACAAGAGGCCGCAGCUCUCCAGGACCACAAGAGGCCACAGCCCUCCAGGACCACAAGAGGCCACAGCCUUCCAGGACCACAAGAGGCCGCAGCCCUCCAGGACCACAAGAGGCCGCAGCCUUCCAGGACCACAAGAGGCCGCAGCCCUCCAGGACCAUAAGAGGCCGCAGCCUUCAGCCUUCCAGGACCACAAGAGGCCGCAGCCUUCCAGGACCACAAGAGGCCGCAGCCUUCCAGGACCACAAGAGGCCGCAGCCUUCCAGGACCACAAGAGGCCGCAGCCUUCCAGGACCACAAGAGGCCGCAGCCUUCCAGGACCACAAGAGGCCGCAGCCUUCCAGGACCACAAGAGGCCACAGCCUUCCAGGACCACAAGAGGCCGCAGCCUUCCAGGACCACAAGAGGCCACAGCUCUCCAGGACCACAAGAGGCCGCAGCCUUCCAGGACCACAAGAGGCCACAGCUCUCCAGGACCACAAGAGGCCGCAGCCUUCCAGGACCACAAGAGGCCACAGCUCUCCAGGACUAGAGCAGAAACACACUUAUAAAACAACCAUUAUUCCCUGUCGACAAUUUUAA